AAGGGGGAGGAGAGGAGCGAGCGGAGCCAGUCCGGAGGGGGCCCGGAGCGCGGACCAGAGCAGAGACGGAGCAGCGGCGCCCGGCCCGGCCAGCUCCGCGACGCCGCCGCCGCCGCCGCCGAGAUGCUCCAGACCUUGUAUGACUACUUCUGGUGGGAACGGCUGUGGCUGCCUGCGAACUUAACCUGGGCUGAUCUAGAAGACCGAGAUGGACGUGUCUAUGCCAAAGCCUCAGACCUCUACAUCACACUACCCCUGGCCUUGCUCUUCCUCAUCGUUCGAUACUUCUUUGAGCUUUACGUGGCUACACCGCUGGCUGCCCUCCUGAACGUAAAGGAGAAAACUCGGCUGCGGGCACCUCCCAACCCCAUUUUGGAGCAUUUCUACGUGACCAGCGGCAAGCAGCCCAAACAGGCGGAGGUGGACCUUCUGUCGCGGCAGAGCGGGCUCUCUGGCCGCCAGGUGGAGCGCUGGUUCCGCCGCCGCCGCAACCAGGACCGGCCCAGUCUCCUCAAGAAGUUCCGAGAAGCGAGCUGGAGAUUCACAUUUUACCUGAUCGCUUUUAUUGUGGGCAUGGCCGUUAUUGUUGACAAACCUUGGUUCUAUGACAUGAGGAAAGUUUGGGAGGGAUAUCCCAUACAGAGCACCAUCCCUUCCCAGUAUUGGUACUACAUGAUUGAACUCUCUUUCUACUGGUCCCUGCUCUUCAGCAUUGCCUCUGAUGUCAAGCGAAAGGAUUUCAAGGAACAGAUCAUCCACCACGUGGCCACCAUCAUCCUCAUCAGCUUCUCCUGGUUUGCCAAUUAUGUCCGAGCAGGAACUCUCAUCAUGGCUCUGCAUGAUUCUUCUGACUACCUGCUAGAGUCAGCCAAGAUGUUUAACUAUGCGGGAUGGAAAAACACCUGCAACAACAUCUUCAUCGUCUUCGCCAUUGUCUUCAUCAUCACCCGCCUGGUCAUCCUGCCCUUCUGGAUCCUGCACUGCACUGUGGUGUACCCCCUGGAGCUCUACCCCGCCUUCUUUGGCUACUACUUCUUCAAUUUCAUGAUGGGAGUGCUGCAGCUGCUGCAUGUCUUCUGGGCCUACUUCAUCCUGCGCAUGGCCCACAAGUUCGUAACUGGAAAGCUGGUAGAAGACGAACGCAGUGACCGGGAAGAGACAGAGAGCUCGGAGGGGGAGGAGGCUGCAGCCGGGGGAGGAGCAAAGAGCCGGCCCCUAGCUAAUGGCCACCCUAUCCUCAAUAACAACCAUCGUAAGAAUGACUGAAACAUUGUCCCUGCUGCCCCUCAGAUUACUGCAUAAAGCCAAGGAACUACCCCACCCUCCCCACAGGGUCACUUUAAGCCCUGGGGAGAAAGGAGAAAGAGGAGAGUGUUCUUCUCUGUGCCCCCACCCCCUGCUUCCCUGUCACCCAGUUGCCUUUAAGCCAAAUUCCACCCAGCCUGCCCCCAGGAAAGGGGAGGUCGGCUGUAUCCUUUGUUAGAGGGGGGAUGGUCUUAUUUUCCUCUCUAUUUUCCAAGUUGUCUGUUCUAUUUCAAGACCCUUCCUCAGCGCUGGGGAUGGGGUUACAACUCACAUUCCUUAUUCUUCAGAAUUGGGCCCUAGCUGUUUGCCUUUGACUCCCUGACCUCCAGAGCCAGGGUCGUGCCUUACUGUCCUACCUGUGGGCCUCAUUCUGCCAAAGCUGGACCAGGGCUCACCUUUCUAAGCUCCCUAACUCGGACCAGAAACCAAAGCUGAGCUGACUUUAACUUCUUCCCUCCUAAGAUACAAAUGAAUUGAGCGUAGGAGGGUGCACACGACCCUUAUCCUACCUCUGCCAAAAAGUGGGGGCCACACUGGGGACUGCUCAGUCUUGUUACUUCUCGGCCAGCUGUCCCUGCAGUUACAGGUCCAGGAUCUUACUGCCUCCUUUCUCUGGCCUCUUUCCCUAGGCUAGCUGGUUUGGAGUAGAAUGGCAACUAGUUCUAAUUUUUAUUUAUUAAAUGUUUGGGGUUUUGGUUUUAAAGCCAGAAUGACAGCUAGCACCUGGCAUUUCAGCAGAGGGACCACUUCAGACCAAAAUGUACUGUUAAUGGGUUUUUUUUUUUUUAAUUAAAAUAUAUUAAAGAUUAAGUAAAACAUGGCAACAAGUGUUUGAGACUAUUGAGAAUUGAGAAGAGGGAUCAACUAAAUAAACUAAGGUAGUCUUCCUCAUGCCUUCCUAAUGGUUAUGUAACAUUUUAAAAUUUCAUAUGGCGAAUAAGAAAAAGCAGAGAAGGGUCAAGACUAAUGACAGCUGCCCACUGGGAAAAAUGGGGAAAACAGGCCUCUCAUCAAAAGACCCAGAAGUGGGAGCUGAGGGAGAGAAAUCAAAUCACAAUCUUAGUUUUAACAUCUUGUUAAAAGACUUUCAAGAAACAAUACAAACCAGGGAUAGUAAAAUACACAGCCCUCAUUGCAGGCAUAAAGUCUGUUAGAAGCAUGGACACAAACAAACAUAGGAUGGGAAGGGUGAGCAACAGGAGGACAGAAGGGACGUCAGGCCCAGGGUAGAGUGGUAACCUCUCCCACCCCAGGUGCCUUAGGAGGUGGAGGAGGGGGCCUGCCUGCUAGCACCACAGUGGAAGAGAUCUCCUGAUCCAGAACCCCCAUUUCUAUCUACUAGGAGCUGGGGGCAUAGCUAGACUGGAGACUUGGGUUGGGGGGGGGGGGUCAGAAUUCAGCAGUCACGAAGACCCAGUUCCUGAGGAAAGGGCAGUUCAGGAAGGGUUCAGAAGGUUAGGAAGGAGGCUGCCCUCUAAAGAAGACGCCCUCUGCAUUCGAUGGCCCCACAGCAGCACAGCAGCUCCUUGCCUUCCACGCUGCCCACCUCGUAGUUGUAGUCCCAGGUGAGUUCUGUCCCAGCCCGGAUU